CGCCUUCCUGAGCAAAAGGACUUGUUAGCAAAAGAAUCGACUGUCACUCCGCUGAAACGAAGCAAAGUUUUGCUGGGUGGAAGGAAAGCGCUCCUCUCCUGCUGCACCCGCAUAAGUUUCAGCGAAGAAGCUUCAUCAUCAUCGUCAUCUGUUAGGGCUUCGUCUCCGCCGCGCUCACCACCGCUCAUUCCAUUCACCACCCCGUGUUCACUGGUAUGUCAUUCUCAACCUCCAUCUCCCGUCAUUCCACUUAUUCUCGCUCCUAGUCUGCACAAGACCUUUACACUGUUCGGAUCUUUGAUAUGGCUGUACAAAGAGAACAAGUAGAAGACAAUGUUGAUUGUUGAUUCCGCUUGAUAUUAGAGUAUUACGGCUUCUCUUGUAUAGGAGGUUUCCUUACUCGGUUCAUAUUGCAUAAUCGGGUAGCAUCUCAAUCCUGGAUGUCGCUAGGUUAAAUGUUGACCAAUAGGCAUGGGGACCUUUUUGGAGCUUGAGAAAUGCAUUAUUGCACUCUUGGGAAAAUUCGAAUAAGUGGCGGUUGUUCGACCAUCUAAGGAUUUGUUCGCUCUAUCUGCUUCUAGGGUUGCAUACUCUUUAGUUGUACUCUGUUGGUGGAGCUCUGCACAAUGAACUAUGCAAAGUUGCUGUUACGAGAUCGAGCCAUCGUAUCUAUUGAGGAAUUCUGGACUGGCAUUUCAGUUACUGUUUUCCUUAAUUAAUUUGUACUAGUUGGUGGGAUGAACUUGGUUUGAGGGCACUGAAUGUACUUGCUUUUUGCAUUGCCCCAACUGCAGUGAGGUAGAGCGAUGCCAAAGGUCAGGACAAACCGUACGCAAUAUCCUGAUGGAUGGGAGUUGAUUGAGCCCACCCUUCGUGAGCUAGAUGCCAAGAUGAAGGAAGCGGAAACUGAUCCUCACGAUGGGAAGAGGAAGUGCGAAACUCUGUGGCCUAUUUUCAAGGUUUCCCAUCAGAGAAGCCGAUACAUUUUCGACCUCCACUACAAGAAGAAUGAGAUAUCCAAGGAGCUCUUUGAGUUCUGCUUGGACCAAGGCUAUGGGGACAAGAACCUUAUCGCCAAAUGGAAAAAGCCAGGAUAUGAACGACUGUGCUGCCUCCGAUGCAUGCAGACGAGGGAUCACAACUUUGGCACGACUUGUGUGUGCAGAGUUCCUCAGAAUCUGAAGGACGAGCAGGCUGUUGAAUGUGUACACUGUGGCUGCAAGGGUUGCGCAAGUGGGGAUUGAUUGCUGCUGUUUCUAAGGAAGAUACCCUUCUGUCUCCUUCUUGAAGCUGCAUUGGGAGACCAGGUCCUAAUAUCCUCUUCUUUAAGUAAUCUCUCUGCUUAGCGGAAAAUGAUCAACACAGUAACUACUCAGCAUGUGUAGUGAUAUAGCUUCAGUAUCCUGAAGUUAUCGAGUUUUGUUAAUGGAUCAAAUGAUAUGGAGUUGUUCACUGACUGGUUGAGAUAUAGAAAGUAUUGAACAGUUGCUUAGUGAUCUUGAAUUGAGUUUGUCCGGAUUGUAUAUGAUAAACUUCAGGGUUUCACUUUUCCUCAAAGUUAAAAUAAGGGCUGUUCGUUUAGAAGUUAUCUACUUAUCUUAGAAUUUUGAAAACCGCAAACAGUGUGUGGGGAAACAGUCCAAGCAAACAAACUUGUCCUCAACUUUUAUAGGUGGUAUCUACUCAGUACUCAGUGUUCCUUAAACUUCUAGAAACUAAAAUGUAAAUUUAUUUCUUUUACUUGGACAGUAAAAGCUAUGUUGUGGGGAAACAGUCAAACAGUCCAAACAACACAAGGUUUGUAUAUUAAAAAAAAUAGAGUUAGAUUGGGUAAGUGUCAUUUUCUGUUUUGUCAUUGGAAACGAGAUCUUCAGUGUUUUAUUGGUAUUUUAGACUUUUCAUGUUAAUUCAAUGAUCAACUUUUGCAAUUAUCUUUUCUUAAUUAACGUGAUUUUGAGCUUUUAAUAAUUUCUGGGAUGCACUAUUAAUAACUCCACUAAAAAUUUAAGGAGAAAAGUUUAACAAUGUACUUGUGACAAAGAGGUAACAUUGUGGAUCGAAUACCACGUAAAUGUGAUGAAUGUCAUUUAUGCAAUUUAAGGAAUAUCAAGACCACAUCUUUGGGAAGUGUGAUUUGAUGACGAGAAGGGUGCGGAUGCCUAGUCCUAUCUUAGAUUUGUUCAAGGGUGAAGAACUUACUUGUAACGAAUGGUACUGUACUCUCGAAGAGAUGGUGUCGGAUGGACAGUUGGAUAAUUUUCUGAUAACUAUUUCUAGUUCAUUUGAGAUGAAAGAAACUGUCAGAUUUGGAAUAAGUAGAAAUUCGAAGAGGGAGAAAUUUUGGGAAAUACGAAUCGAUGGGUUGAAGGAAUUUCUUGGACAUCUAAGUUCGGUACCAGAUCCACCACUACGACAUCGCAGUCUAUGACGACUACCAGGGAAAGGCUAUACAAAAUUAAUGUCAAGUUGUAUGUCACACAGGAGAGAAAGAUGAAAUUUGGGUAAACAAACCCCUGUUUCUUUGCUUUCUCAAUUAAACCCGAUUGGAGCCACAAAAAUUAUGGUAAUGGAUCCUGCUGAUGAUGCAGGUUCUUGACUGAUGGUAGUUUCUUGAUGCUGAUUAACUUGAUCUUGAUGAGGUUUUACUUCUCCUCGCAUUGAAAAAGAGAGGACUGUUUGUUUUGGAGUUUUCUGGGGAGUUUCAAACCCUGGAAACUAUAUGAUUUUGGAACCUGGAAACAGUACAAACAAACGAACUUGAGCCCAACUACUUCACAUUGUUGCGUGGGCAUUGUUUUGCUUUCAAGAAAGCUAGCUGUCUGAUAAGGUUUUAUAGCAAUAAUUAACAUUGUUGCGUGGACAUCUAUUAAAUGUACUUCAUUAUAUUUCGAUUGGUUAUAUUUAUAGAUUAAAUAAUUCUUAUAAUUUGGGUAGAGAAUUUGGGAUUGGAGUUCACUCAUUAGAAAAAAUAAUAUAAUAUUAUGUGCGAAAUCCGAUUAAUUCAUGAUCUAAAUAUCAAAACUCGUACGAUAGAAUUUGCUUAAGUCUAGCAUACACGAGACGGAACAAUGUAUAUUAAUAAAAAAAGAAAAUUAAA